CUUCCUUCUUUACGCAGAGUACCCGCUCGAAUAUUCUCGGCAAGUAUAAGCUGCUCUCGGUACUGCAGUCUCUGAGCUGGUGUAGGUUUUGACUCACUUAUGUCGAAGAUGGCGUCGCUAAAGCAUGGCCGCAUGAAAUAUAUUACAAUAAUCACGUCCUGUGGUUUGCUCCAACUAUUGCUCAUGUUCCUCCAACCUCAUAGAGCCACCGGUGCCGUGGUUGUGGUACCGCAAUCAAUGCCAUACGUUCUCCAGCCUUCUAUGGGCAUGCGUUCUACGGCCGUGGGAACCGCUGAAAUGCCCAUGGGCGUGGGAUCCAUGGGCGUGGGAUCCAUGGGCAUAGGAUCCAUGGGCAUGAACACAAUGGGGCAGCAAUUGGGUGGUGUCAUGAUACCCACCGGUGGUAAUGUCGCCCAAAACCCUCCUCCAGUGGUCCUGACCGACGGCAGCGGACAAAACAAAGUGGUGGGCAGCGCAGACCCACUCACCGGUGUGAUUGCAGUCGACGCGAACAAACUUAAAGAGGGCCUUGGCGCAGCUACAGCCGAGGAUCCGCCAGCGCCACCACCAGCGGAAUAGGAACCUGCCGAGAGAAGCGACCAAACUGCCUGAUUACCCCUCUUCUGAGACUUCGACUGCAGUGGCGCCAAUGAGUUCAACAGUAUUACCGAUAGCAUAUGCUACAGUAUAUAUACCGGCCAAUUUAUCUUUUUACAUGGAUGUCUACGACCACUUGUAGAAAGCGAAAGCACCUAAUAAAAUAUUUUAUUUCCGGACAAAAAAUUUACUAUAUGCGAAAU